AUGCGACUUCAAGUUAGUGUGGGUGUUUACAUUCAAAUUAUGGCUUUCAUCCUUAUCAUCCUCCUAUUGCACUUUGCUUUAAGUGAAGGAUGGACUAAUUUUGAUGAUCUCGACGUAGAAGAACAGCUUAAGAUCGUGAACAAGCCAGCAGUGAGAAGCUUUCAGAGUGGAAAAGGGGAUAUAUUUGAUUGUGUUGAUAUGUUCAAGCAACCUGCUUUUGAUCAUCCUUUACUUAGAAACCACAAGAUUCAGAUGAGACCCACUGCAUUUCCAGAAGGGAAAGGUGCUCCAAGAUCUAUAAAUGCUUCCUCACAUUCUAAACUCAUGGGCUUUUCAUGCCCAAAAGGAACAGUUCCUAUUCGCAGAACUACAAAGGAAGAACUAUUAACAGCAAGAUCACUCUCGGAGAAAUCAAGAAAUUCGACAAGAAAACUCUAUAUUGCUGAAUCUUACUAUCGUGCUGGAGUGAUUUCGUUCAUGGGCAAUUACUAUGGCGCUAAGGGAGCUUUAAAUAUCUGGAAGCCACAUGUUGAAGGAGAUGACCAAUAUAGUGCUGCCUUAGUUUCGGUUACUAGAGAUGGAAACGACAUACAAGCUGGAUGGAUGGUCAAUCCAGGUUUGUUCAAGGAUACAUCGCCACGUAUGUUCAUAUUCUGGUCGAACAAUGAUGAUCCAGUGAGAUGCAUUAACACUCUUUGCCCCGGUUUUGUCACGACCGGAAAAUUACCACUUGGUGCACAGAUGUCAUGGAUUUCCCAAUACAAUGAUCCAAAUAAGCAACAUGUUAAACGGUUUCAUCUGUUCAGGGAUGCAAAUACUAAAAACUGGUGGCUUAAAGUGGGACGGAUUGGCGAAUUAGUCGGGUAUUGGCCAAGUGAGCUUGUUCCUAAGCUGACAUCUGAUGGAGCCAGGGAAAUAUUCUGGGGUGGCCAAGUGUAUCCAGUGAAUAAACGGUUGAGAAACCUAGAAAUGGGAAGCGGCCACUUCCCUGGAGAGGGCUAUGCAAAGGCAGCCUAUGUUAGUAAGAUAAUGUAUGCAUUACAUGAUGGACCUGAAUUGAUAAAUCCCUCCUCCGACCAAAUAGAUGAAUCCGUAGACAAACCAACAUGCUACGAUGUUGACCCGGAUGUACAAUACUCAGAGGAACGGGGAUAUUAUAUCUUCUACGGUGGAAAACCCAACAACUUUUGUCCUGAUUGA